CAUCUAUCCUCUCCUUGCUCCAUGCUUUUCCGCCACUGCACAAGCCUCGUUGCUUCACCGGCCUCGGCCUGACGUGUCGCCGGAGUCUGAUCGGCGUACAUAUCCCGCCACACAAAAUUAACAGAGCUAGCACGUCCUGCAAACCCAUGGAGGCGGCUCUCGUGAGUGUGGCGACGGGGGUCCUGAAGCCCGUCUUGGAGAAGCUGGCUGCUCUCCUUGGUGACAAAUACAAGCGGUUCAAGGGCGUGCGCAAGGAGAACAAGUCCCUUACUCAUGAGCUGGCCGCCAUGGAGGCUUUUCUCCUAAAGAUGUCCGAGGACGAGGAUCCCGAUGAGCAGGAUAAAGUUUGGAUGAAUGAGGUGCGGGAGCUGUCCUAUGACUUGGAGGAUGCCAUCGACGACUUCAUGCAAAGCAUCGGUGACAACGAUGAAAAAUCAGAUGGCUUCACUGAGAGGAUCAAGAGCUCGCUAGGGAAGCUGGGAAAGAUGAAGGCUCGGCACCGGAUCGGCAAGGAGAUCCAAGAUCUGAAGAAACAAAUCAAAGAGGUGGGUGAAAGGAAUGCAAGGUACAAGAGUCGUCAUGAGGCCUUCUCCAAGACCGUCAAUGCGACCGUUGACCCUAGAGCUCUUGCUAUAUUUGAGCAUGCACCAAAGCUUGUUGGUAUCGAUGAACCCAAGGCUGAGAUAAUCAAGCUGUUAACAGAAGAGGAUGUCCGUGCUUCAGAGCAAGAACAACAACAACCGAAGAUAGUCUCCAUUGUUGGAUCUGGAGGUAUGGGCAAGACAACUCUUGCGAACCAAGUCUAUCAAGAGCUCAAAGGACAAUACGAGUGUAGGGCUUUCGUAUCAGUGUCACGAAAUCCAGACAUAAUUAACAUCUUGAGAACCAUUCUCAGUGAAGUGGCUAGGAAAGAUUAUGGUGGCACCCAAGUGGGGAGUGCACAACAACUCAUCAGCAAGAUUACUGAUUUCCUAGAAGACAAAAGGUAUUUUGUUGUUGUUGACGAUAUAUGGAACGAGGAUACGUGGGAUAUUAUUAAGUGUGCAUUCCCCGCUGCAAGAUCUACCAGUAAAAUAAUCACCACUACUCGUAUAAACAAUGUCGCCCAUUCAUGUUGUUCAUCAUUCAAUGGUCGUAUUUACAAUAUAAGGGCUCUCGAUAUAGUGCACUCGAGACAGUUAUUUCAUAGAAGGUUAUUCAAGUCGGAUGAAGAUUGCCCUUCAUAUCUUGAAAAAGUUUCUGGGCAGAUAUUGAAAAAAUGUGAUGGGUUACCUUUGGCGAUCAUUGCUAUAUCUGGUUUGCUGGCUAAUUCAGAAAGAACAGAGGAUCUAUGGAAUCAAGUGAAAGAUUCAAUUGGUCGUGCACUUGAAAGAAAUCCUAAUGUCGAAGGAAUGAUGAAGAUAUUGUCACUUAGUUACUUUGAUCUACCUCUUUAUCUAAAAACAUGUCUAUUAUAUCUGAGCGUAUAUCUAGAAGAUUCUACUAUUGAGAAGAAGGGCCUAAUAAGAAGAUGGAUUGCUGAAGGAUUCAUUCACACAGAAGGCAGAUACACGACAUAUGAAGUAGGAGAAAGGUAUUUUAAUGAACUACUCAAUAGGGGUUUGAUCCAGCCUGGGAUUAUAGAUAUCUAUGGCGAAGUGGUGAGUUGUCGAGUACAUGACACAAUUCUUGAUUUCAUCAUAUCCAAGUCCAUAGAAGAGAACUUUGUUACUUUACUUGGUGUUCCCAUUCUGACAAUUGGGAAACAAAGAAAAGUUGUUCGUCGGCUCUGUGUACAAGGUGUGGAGGAAGGAAAUUCAGCAGUAUUGAUAGCAGAUCUCGUGUUUUCCCAUGUCCGAUCACUUGCUAUGGUUAGAGGUCUGUUGGAAAUCCCUUCUCUGGAAGAGUUCAGACAUCUGCGUGUUCUUGACUUGAAGGAUUGCUCUGAAUUGGAAGAUCAUCAUCUUGAAAAUAUAGUGAGGUUGUUCCAGCUGAGGUACCUGAAUCUCAAAGGUACACAAAUAAGCAAGCUCCCAGAACAAAUUGGACGUUUAGGAUGCUUAGAGAUGCUGGACCUAAGAGACACUUGUGUAAGGGGAUUACCUGCAUCUAUUGUUAAUCUCAGAAAAUUGUCACAUCUACUUGUUCAUAAUGACAUUAAAUAUCCUCAUGGGAUUGCAAAGAUGCAAGCACUGGAGACGUUGCAAUUUGUGACGGUCUCCAUUCAACCAGUUGACAUCCUGUGUGGCCUUGGUCAACUAAUGAAUUUGAGGAAUCUGGGGCUUACCCUUGAUUUCAUAUUUGGUUCUGACGCUAAGAAUACAAAUAUGGUUGGAGAGGAGCACAAGAAAGCUAUUGUCUCCUCCCUGUGUAAGCUAGGCACCCAGAAUCUCCGCUUCCUGAAUAUUGAGUUUGGACGCAGCCUCUUACAUGUGGAAUCUUUGUGUUUGCCUACCCUCGAGCAACUUUCUAUCCGUUUUUCGGACUUCCCACAUGUUCCGACAUGGGUGGCCUCCCUCAGAAACCUCCAAUGGCUACGCCUUGGUUUGAAGGUAGUCAAGCAGGACGACCUCUGCGUCCUUGGGGCGUUGCCCAGUCUGCUGAUUCUACAUCUGCAUGAAGAAACAGAGUCAAACGAAAAGCUCAGGAUCAGUGGUGAAGUUGGGUUCCGAUUCUUGAAGAUUUUUAUUUAUUGCAAAGGUUUUGGUCCAGUAGAUCUGAUGUUUGGGACAGGGUCCAUGCCAAAGCUUGAAAAACUAGAGAUUCACGUGCUUUGCAUAGUUGAAGCUAACUCUGUCGGCUUUGGAAUUGAGAACCUCCCUUGCCUCACUAGUGUCAAAUGCUUGGCUCUUGAGGGUGAUGACGGCAUUGUUCAAGUUGUGAAGUCUGUCAUGGAGAGAGCAGCCAGCACACAUCCCAACCACCCUAGUCUACUCUUUGGGAGAAUUUGAAUUAACAAGCGAACAACUGGGCAGUUGCUUCUGCUCCUCGUCCGCCCGGCCAGCCGGUUGUGAAGUUUAAUAGCAUUUGGCUUGAUUCAUCUGUCUUUUAUGAUACACUAUUCUCUCCAUCGGAUAAUAGUGUACUAUGGAUAAUGGUACAAAAUUGUAGAAUUGGUUAAGGCUGCUACUGUACUGGAUUUUUUGUAAUAAUUGGUCAUCCGUGUUGAUGGUUUAAUAUUAUUGG